GACGCGGUAGCUGGAAGGCCACUGAAGUUGGUAGAGCCCAGUGGGGCUCUGAUGAAGCCAUGUCGCUGCCUUUGCGAAUCUUUGUGCGGGACGUGCAGAAGGGUGGACGGCGCGUGGUGGCGGUACCCCGAAAUGGGGCGUCUGUGGCGCGCUUUUCCGGGCAAAAGUUGGGUGAGGCGGCUCGCCUGACCAUUGAUGGUUUCACCAUCCCCAGCUGGGAGUGUGCCAGCCAGGUGUUCCGAGAUGGAGAUACGGUGGAGAUUCUUCCAGAGGGCAAAGAUCCCAGUCAAGAGAAGGAGCCGCCCAGCAACGAGAAGCCAAAGGUGACCCAGGUGAAACGGCCUCGCGCUGGCUUCUUGACGGCAGACUUGCGCCGAAGGCUGUUUGGUGAGGCACCAGUGGCUGCAGCAGAGUCGGCGCAUGCGCAAGAUGUAUCUCUGGAGGAGGUGGAGGAACCUCGCUCCCGGGUUGGCUUGCGUCUGGUGUCGGAAGCGGUGGAUGGAUGGCAGACUGUCUUGAAGGACGAGGGCCGGCGGAGCUUUGCAGCGCACCGGGCGCAGGCACUCCCCAAGGACACAGCUCAGCGCUUCUUGGAGCACGCGAUGAGGGAUGUGAACUGGCAGCAGCCUGAAGGCACGUGGGGACCCAUUCCUCGAAAGACCAGUUGGAUGACGCGAGCGCCCUGUUGCUGUCGUUAUGGCUAUGGCGGUUUGCGAAUGGAGCCAGAACCCAUGGCACCGUGGCUGUUGGAAACCAUGGAACUCUGUAUGCCACUGUGUGGCAUCGCGAAAGAGGACUGGCCAGAUUCGUGCAAUUUGAACCUGUAUGAAAGUGGUGACCACUCUGUGGGAUGGCAUUCUGAUGACGAGUUCUUGUUCCAAGGUAAAUUCCAAGAUUGCCUCAUUAUUUCGCUGUCGCUGGGUGCCCCGCGCUGCUUUGAGCUGAAGACGAUGUGCGAGCCGGCGCAGAUGCAGCGUUUGGUGCUGCAUGGAGGAGAUUUGUGCACCAUGGAGGGGAUGCUGCAGAAGCACUACUUGCACCGUGUGCCAAAGGAGCACUCCACCUCGCCCCGUGUGAACCUCACCUGGCGAUGGGUCAAGUGCCAUGAGCGGCGCUGUUCGCAUGCAAGGAACCCUGGUGGACCAUUUGAAAGUCGCCACCAGCCACUUCAUGAAUCUGGUGGGAGGAAGCGAGCCGCCAGCACUUCAGGGCCUCGGAAGAAACAAAAGACCCCAAUGGUCGCUCCAACAGCCAAGAAAGGAGACGUCCUGCAGAUGUCACCAGAGGCUAGACUGAAAUGGCUGGCAAAAGCCUUCAAGAGGCUGGCGGUCAAAGAGUUCGACCCCAAUGUCCUCCUUGACAUUGUGAUGGAUCCUGCCUUCUUGGAGAAAGUGGAAGAUCCCGUAGCGCCCAAGAUCUAUCGAUUGAUCCGUGGGAAUCAGUUGAAAUUCACUGAGGCGCAGUCCAACAUGCUUGAACCAGUCUGCGAGAGGUGCGCAAGGCUCUCCCCCGAGGUUCUAUUGAUGAGGCAAUUUGUUAUGGAGCUCCAGGCGAUGAAGGACAACGCCCGACGGGAGCGCCAAAGGGAAGAAGCCGACCAGCGCAACAGCGGCUCACCGCAGGACAACGCCCGACGGGAGCGCCAAAGGGAAGAAGCCGACCAGCGCAACAGCGGCAGCCCCGAUCGCUGGCAACCCA